CACCUGCCUUCACUGUGCCCAGAGCUAGGUAUGCCCUGGCUAUGGCCCGCUUUGACCGACAGCCAACGUGCUUGGCUUUUCCCAAAUGCCUAAUCAAUGAUUAAAGUAUAUGUUUAUAUGCCACCGUGGCAAUGCUAGCGAGGACUGCCCAAGAGGCAUCAGCUGGCGUUGAGGCCAGCGAGCGACAGCUGUUCGUAAGCCCUGGCGCAGGCGUCGCCCUCACGCUGCUCUCGCCGAACCGCAAGCCGAUGGCGGACUGGCGCGCAACCCUGGACGCAGCUACAGCUGCCCGCCAGAAUCGUGACCGCCUCCUGGCUCCACAGCCCCUGCGGGAAAAGGCGCUCAACAUCAGGGGGGCCCCUGUCCAGCAUCAGGGCAAGCCAGAUCCGCACUCCAAAACGCUUACGGUGCCUGCUGACAGCGCUCCGGCCUCAGAGGCUGCGAGAAUGGUGCGUGCUAGAUCGUCGUUGGGGCAUAAUGGUGACGGGGCUCAGCGCGAGACCGUUGAGCCGACCGCGAGCAAUGCGCCAACACAGCUGCAUGCACCGCCCAUCGUCGACUCAAUUCAGAGCAUGGCCCAGAUGACCAUAGAGCAGCAGCAACAGCCGCAGGAAGAGGUACCUUCAGCUGCGCCAAUCCCAGCAACCCAUGCGCCUGCUAUCGCGACUCAGGUGACGGCUGCCCAGACAGCAGCGUCACCUGCCAAGCGCAUCGCUGCCUCACCGGUUUUGACUGCAGCCCUGCCUCCGGCACAAAUGCCACCGCCGUUUGCGGCUUUCGGCAUAGUGUUUGUUGGCUCACCUAGGCUGUACGCUACUCAACAGCUGCAGCAGCCGGUGGCUGCACAGACACAGGCCUCCGCACCUGCUGCUGGUGCUGAUGCGGGCGUUGUGCAAGAGCCGCUGCCUAGCAUCACGCCUCAGGGACUGGGGCUGCCUGCAGGCCGCGCCCACCGGCGUGCUGCUCAGCACAUUUCCCACACAGACGCGGGCACCGGGACGGGCGACAUCAACAGCAGCAGCAUCAGCAGCGGUAGCGAGGAUGAACAUAAAGCGCCUUGGCGGACUGCAGCACCGCUAGCUGCGGGGGCCGCAAGCCUGGAGCCGGCAGCUCCCGGAUGCAGCACUGGCCCGGACGCGCCACGGCUCAGCCGCCGACGCAGCCGCUCAUACUCCGUCGUGUACGUGGAGGGUGUGGCACCGCCGGCGGCGCCGCUGCCGGCCGCCGCCUGCAGCCAUUCGGGCGCGUCCUGGAGGACGGCUGCCGGCGUGGCGGUGGGAAGUGGCAGCCCCAGCACGGCAGGGGCCGGAGCUGCGUCUGGCGAGGGCUUUGCAGGAGUUGAGGAUGUAGAUUCAGUUGGGUCCCGCGACGUUGAGGAACCCCUGACUGCAGAGCCUCUGGGUCCAGGCGGUGGGGCUUGGCCCGCGGAGCCGGGCAGAGCUGGCAGGCCCGGAAGCAGCGACAGCAGCAGCGCAAGGAGUCGCAGUGCCAGCAGCCGAGGCAGCAGCAAGGCGGCCGCAGUUGGCCAUGACCACGAGGAUGAACAGUCCGCGCCAGGGCCGGGCGGCGCCUCUCCCGCUACAACUGCUGCCUCGUGCUACACGCAAGGCAGCACAAUAGCCGCCCCCGUCCCCUCCAAGGCGGCGCCACCCGCAUCUGCUCUGGUGCUGGACCAGCGCACCGAGGCUGCUGCAGCCGCUGGGUUGGAGGAGGAUGCCGGGAGCUCCCGCAGCAGCGCUGUCGCAGCCACCAAGCCCCUUGCGACGGCUUCAAGGGCGGCGUGGGGUGCCGGGUCGGCACCAGCCACGGAGGCGCGCCCCGCUCAUGCCAGCGGCGCAAGCAGCCGCACGUUCCCAGGGCGCAUGUCGUCUGCGCCGUCCUCAGCGCGCCCUCGCCAGCCCCGCCAACGGCUUCAUGCCGAGCUUGUGGACGCGGCGUCGUCGCCUUGCUCAGGCAGCGCAGCCGCCUCGGCCCCAAGCGGCGUUGAGAAGCCGGCGCCGCCGGUGGCGUCAAAGCCGACCCCGCCGCCUGUGCUCCUGUCGCCAACGGCAUCAGUGGUGCCGCCUGCAGAGCAGGAGACGCCACGAGUGCACUGGUCGCCGUGCCGUGGUGAGGAGCUACUUGGGCGGGGUGAGGAAAGCGCCAGCGGCGUCGAAAGCGGCCAUGACCACAGUGAUGGCCAACCGCCUCGCCAGCGCCGCAGCCACAGACAGAGCCGGAGUUACAGCCGGGGCCACCGCCGGAGCCACAGCCGGAGCCACAGCCGGAGCCACAGCCGGAGCCACAGCCGGAGCCACAGCCGGAGCCAUGGCCGGAGCCAUGGCCGGAGCCACAGCCGGAGCCACAGCCGGAGCCAUGGCCGGAGCCACAGCCGAAGCCACAGCCGGAGCCACAGCCGGAUCCGGAUCCAGAGCAACCGCAAGCGCCCGCACAGCCACCGCCCCAGCGCGAGUCAGAGUGACAUUGAUCCGCUCCAGCCGGCGCGGCAGCCAGCGGACCGGCGAACUGCUGCACCCCCCGCUCACAAAGUCCGCAGGGCAGAAGCUGCCUCACCAUGCAAAUUGUCUGGCUCCAUGCGUGGCCGACGUGGCAGCACUGAGACGCUGCAGGGCAGGGGGCACACAGGCGCGCACGGCAGCCGCAGCAGCCGCAGCCGGCAAGAUGAGCGGACGGACACGCAGCGCGAUGCCAUGCCCCACACAUCACCUCCUCGCCCCGUGGCAGCACCCGCGCAGCCUAGCCCGGUGAGCCGUCGCGCCGCCCCAGCAUCAGCAGCAGCCACCUCGGCCGCCGCCGGAGCCAGUGGAGGGCCCAGCCCACGGCAGCCCGUGUCACCCGUGGUGCGGGCGCUGUACCGCGCCUCGCUGCAGGGACAUGCGCGGUUCAGCCCGCUGCGCAGCCGGCUGUUGCAAAGCAGUAGCAGCAGUGGUAGCGAUGGCGAACGGGAUGACGACUACGGCGACGCCGGCGGCGGCCCCGGGGGCCCCGCAACCCGCGCGGCGUAUCGUCAUGGAUGCGGGGCACUGGGCGGGUCCCAGGCGGCGGCGUCUGGGGCCCUACGGCGCGGCGGCGUGUGCCUCGUGGAGGGUUGCAGCGACAGCAGUGACAACAGCGAUCCCUGGUACUGGUUGCUGAAAGCCAACCUGACGGACCGCGUGGGUGGCGUGGUGGGCGCGCGCGGCGGCGGCCUGCCCUCCACCUCCUCGUCCUCCGACGGCGCCAGCGGCGGCGCCGGGCCUGCGAUCGCCAAGCGCGGCGCCAGGCACCUAGAUGCCGCGGCCAGGGCUGCGGCUGGGGCCGGUGUCGCGGUGGGUGCGGGGCAGGCGCAGAGCGGUGGUGAGCUGCGAGGGCGCCGGGCAGCCACGCCGCCGCGCACCUACCAGGUCACCGCCACUGGACCGGCCUGGAUCGCGCCCCGUGAGUACUGGGACCCUGUCAGCUCACCCGCAGCAGUCUCGCCUCGGGUGCAGCCGCACGCCAAGGCAGCUAACCGGGAGGAGUCGGCGCAAUCAGCCGCGGCCACUGGGGUGGAGGGGCGCCGCCGGCAUGCCGGAAGCCCCUCACGGCAGCGGCGGACGCUGCGAUCGGCAGCGUCACGCGAGGAUACGCCGUCGCGCCGUCACCAGUCCGGGCGCCGCCGGUCAAGCCGCAGCCGGAGCCGUGACCGGCGCCGCGGCGACAGCAUUACCAGAACUCAAGCGCGCAAGAAGGAAGCGGCACAUACUGGCGCUCGCGGCUCCCACGACGACCGCAGCCCGCCCGCGUCGCACCCACGCUCUAAGGAGCACGGCAGGCACAGCAAGCCCACGGAGGCGCGUAGUGCGCAGCACGGACGCAAGCCACCUGGCCACACGCACUCCCACGAGGGCGACGGCCGCAGCCAAAGCGACCAGCAGGGGCAACGUGACGCUCGGCGAACACCUGGAGGUGUAGCUCUGGGUGCUUCAGAAGCCACCGCCCUUGAGAUGACUGACGCCGCCGUCUCCGCUGCGGGUGUGGCCGCGAUCCUGCCGCCUCCAGGUACUGGACCUGCUGCUGCGGCUGCGGAGCUAACCACCACCGCCGCUGCUGCAGCGCAAGUGGCCGACCUGGAAGCGGCCUCAAUCCCUGCGCUGCAAGCCAGCGCUCCGGCGGUUGACGUAUUUGCUGCAGUCUAUGAGGCGCCGGGGCAUGAGGGCCUUCUGCAGCAUGGGCACCCAGCGGAGGCCGCCGCCGCCACCGUGCAUGCGGAGCCCGCUGGUGCCGCGCCAACGGCGCCUGCGGGUGGCACCUCGACGGCCUGGAGCGCUGCGGCGCCUGCAGCACCUCAGCCGCUGGCGAAUGCGCACGUGCCGGCCUGGGCGCCCAACCCCAGGCUUAGUGCCGCAACACCUGCCACAGCUGCCGCCGUCACCGCGGCUGCGGACCCGCCAAAGGCAGGCUCAGAGGGCUCGCUGCUGGUGCCUGCUCAGGGCCAGCAGCCUGUGGUGACGGCCCAACAGCAACCUUACUCGGGCGAGGCCUUGCCCCCAGGCGCUGCAGGAUUGCACGAAGGCCUUGCGCAUAGCGCAGCUACAGGCGCUAUGGCCGGCCAGGAUGGCGUGGCAGCCACUUCCGUGCCGGCACCUACACAGUCGUCGAUCCAGGUCAUCAUCACCGGCCCUACCACCUUUGUGACGACGGCCGACGGCAGCAGCGGUGCCGGCGUGGCUGCUGCCGCCGCGGCCUCGGCGGCAACUGCGCUGUUGCACAUUAGCAGACCUGCUGGCGGGGCAGUGGACCUGCGGCGCCUGCAGGCAGCCCUGCAAAACGGCGUGCCCUCCGCGUCACGGGGCGCAGCUGCUGCCGGCACCGGACCAGGCGUGGGCAAUGCCUCACUCUCCACGUCGGGGGGACCUGUUGUAUCGGCGCCUCGGCAUGCCUCGGCGUCCAUGCCGCCGCCGGUAUCAGCCUCAACGGCUGCUGGCGUGGAGCGGUCGGGUUCACAGGUGGGUCGGACCAGCUACCAAGGCAGCGCCGCCAGCUCUGUGUACGGCGAUUUACAAGGUGUCGGGUCGAACACUGGCAGCGUUGACGGUGGGUGGCGCCGCAGCUAUGGCAGCGAGGGCAGCGACGGCGGCGGCGGCGGCGGCAGCGGCAGUCAGGGCCGUGCGGCUCCGCCGCUUGGUGGUGUUGCUGGUGGGGGAGCCCCUUUCACCACCAGCACCCACCCGCAGGCGCAGCACUCGAAGCCACCAGCGCCGCCGCUGCGGCAAGCGCCCAGUGCAACUGCUGAUGCUCCUCCCGGCCCUGGCCGGCACGGCCAAGCGCACGCGUACGGCUAUUCAGGACAGAGGCAGCGAGGCAAUGAAGGUAGCGGUGCCGGCGGCGGUGCAGCGGCUGGCGAAAGCCGAGGGUCGCAGCAGUACGGGUCACGGGCACGGGGUGAUGUUGCGCACGAGGUGCCGGGCCGCUUCGAGCGCGAUACGCCCGCCGCGCGCCAACCCCACGCCUAUGGGCAGCAAGUGCAGCAUCGCUCGCUGCACCUGCGCCAGCUGCAGGAAGAGCACACGUGGGCUCCUAGCUCACGUGGACCCAUGGAUCGUGGCGGGGGCACGGGCGCGCCACCGACGGUGGCAGCCGCAAGGAGCAGCGGUGGGGGCGCGGGAGGCGGGGCAGGCUGGGGACCGCCUCACUUCAUUGGCGCUGUUGAUGGCCGCGGCAGUGUCAUCAGCGUCAUCCCCCUGCAGGCCGCGGCGGCCGCGGCGGGCAACGGGGUUUCUGGAGCCGUGGAGGUCACAGUUCGGCUGGUGCCGCCGCCGCAUCAGCAGCAACAGCAGUACCAACAGCAGCAGCAACAGCAGUACCACCAGCAGCAGCAACAGCAGUACCAGAAUGCCGCGCAAUCGGAAGGAGUGUACGGUGGGCACCUGCUGCCGCAGGGCGCGGGGCAGUGGCACGGCGAGGCUGUUGAUGGAGGGGCGGCGGAGCACUGGGCACGUGCUGCAGCGGAACCCCGCCGCGGCGCAGCGUCAUUCUCACGCGAGCCCUUCCGCUUGGGCGCAGUGGGCGAGCCAUGGGGUAACGCGGUGCUUGAGGAGCAGCAGUUGCGGGCGGCGGCGCAGGCGCAAGUAGUGUCCGGCGCCACCAUGGACUUCACGGGCAAAAGCGGCAUGGCGCCAGCAGCUGCAGCACAGCCUGCGGCCCCACUCGAGGAGACACUGGUCUGGCGCGCUGGCCACCGGGAGUCUGGCACUGCCGCAUGGGGCGCACCGCCAACCACGGCGCCGUCGCCCAUACCAGCAACAGGACCGCACACGCUGCGGCAGCCGCCCCCGCCGCCGCCGCCGGUAAGCAGCAGUGGGGGCGGCACCGCGCGGCUGCUGCAGCCUGCCUGGGCCCUCGAGGCUCUCGGCCGUGCUCCAGCAGUCGGUGCCGCGGGUUUUGCCCCUCAGCCUAGGGCCGACGGUGAUAGCGCAGAAAGCAGCGACACCCGUGCGGCGCUGGCCCGGAGCAGCCGUGGCGUGCCCACAGGGCAUGGUGCUCUGCACGCCAUGGCGCCCCAGAGGGGAGCUCCUGCGACAGUCGCAGCAGUUGCGGAGUCCUGGCCACACGGCGGUGGAGGCAGCGGUGGGAGCCGGGUGGACCUGAGCAAUGGCCGCGUGCUGGCUAUUCUGCAGGCCCAGCAGCGCACGCGGCAGGGCCAUAACCAGGAGCCCUGAGCACCGCUGCGGUGUCGGGCGGGAGCUGUUUGUUGUUGGGGCUAACGUACUAUAUGCCAUAUGGCUGCUGCUGCUGUGAGAUGAGGGCUGUGGAAUGGAGCCGGUCAGGGCUGGGCUCAGGCUCGGAUGGCACGGCACGCUGCACACGUGUAACGGCGCGCGACGUGCACGUCUGGGACUGGGACGCGCAGCCUCCGUCUGAUAAAUGACAUGUUGUAUGGAGGAUCUGCUAUGAGCCUGUUUUUUGACGACCGAGACUACUCGGCGCUGAAAGGCCGGACCGAGUUCCGUGCGGGGCAAAUUAGGACACCGAGCGUAGGCUGCCCUUGGCGCCCUACAAGUCGCUGCCAUGUAUUCUAGCUUAAUAUAAGAGCUCAACCAGGCGCUCACUCGCAAGAGACGCCCUCUAUGCGCAAGUUCGCGUUCCACUUAGGACGGCGAAGGGGACCUGGCUUCUCGCCGCGUGCGGACAUGUGAGGCUCGCCAAUGGCCUAUGAGACCGCUCAUAGUGCCCACAUUCAAGGAUCGGUAUAGUAUACUUAUAGGCCUCUUGACUGCAUGAAUACCAUCAGUCAAGCUGCAAAACCAGAAUUUAGCUGUCCGUGUAUU